AUGAAAUAAAUGGAGAACAGGAACAAUGUGACAGAGUUUGUUCUACUGGGGCUUACAGAGAACCCAAAGAUGCAGAAAGUCAUAUUUACCGUGUUUUUAACCAUCUACGUCAUCACUAUGGCAGGAAAUGUGUUCAUCAUGGUCAUCAUCACUGCUAGCCCGUUGUUACAGUCUCCCAUGUACUUUUUCCUGGUCCAUCUCUCCUUCAUUGAUGCCUGUUACUCCUCUGUCUUUACUCCUAAACUAAUUGUAGAUUCACUCCACAAAAAGAAGACCAUUCUGCUCAAUGGAUGCAUGACCCAGGUUUUUGCGGGACAUUCUUUUGGAGGUGCUGAGGUCAUCCUGCUGACUGUGAUGGCCUAUGACCGCUAUGUGGCCAUUUGCAAGCCCUUGCACUAUACAGCCAUCAUGAAGCGGAGAGUGUGCAGCCUGCUAAUAAUAGUAUCAUGGGUGGGAGGCUUUCUUCAUGGAACCAUACAGAUCCUCUUCAUUUUCCGACUGCCAUUCUGUGGCCCAAAUGUCAUUGAUCACUUUAUGUGUGAUCUGAACCCCUUGAUUAACCUGGCGUGCACUGAUACCCACAGACUGCAAUUAUUUGGUGCUGCCAACAGUGGUUUCAUCUGCCUGUUACAAUUUUUCCUGCUGUUGGUCUCUUACAUGGUCAUCCUGCGCUCCCUAAGAACCCACAGGCUGGAGGGAAGGAGCAAAGCUCUCUCCACCUGUGCCUCUCACAUCACAGUGGUUGUCUUAUACUUUGUCCCCUGCAUCAUUGUAUAUGUGAGGCCGGCAGUUACUUUACCCAUUGAUAAGGCAGUUGCUGUGUUCUACACCAUGAUAACUCCCAUGUUAAACCCCUUAAUCUAUACUUUAAGAAAUGCUCAGAUGAAAAAUGCCAUUAAGAAGCUAUGUAGCUGUAAUGCUCUUUCAGAUGACAAAUAA